UGACCAACACGCUGUCGCAAAAUAUUCCAGGGAUGAGAGCGACACUCAUCACGUUGGGAAUGGAUGCCUGUCGAGUCUCGACUCUCAAGCGGAAAUGAAGUUCUUCCCCGCUCGUCCCUGACUGUCUUGGCUAUCUUCACCAUUGGAUAGGACGUAUCUAGCACUCAGUCUGGUUAUCUGAGUCCUCAAGUGACCUCCUUUUAACUUGUCCGCGAUCAAAAAUUGUGUCAUGUCAUCCGACACCCCAUCGACAAAUCUGUGGCUUGAGCGAUCUCGUCUCGAUGGAAUGAUGUUAGGAGCAGUAUCCUAUGGCGGAUUCUUCAUCCUUACGGUGCAAGCUGCGAUCGCUCUCAUGCAACGGCCUCGACAUGGGGGGAAGAUUGCAGAUAAUCGCUUGACUCUCCUUGCCUACAUCUUUAUAACGUUUGUAUUGGGGACGAUAGGUUUCGCUGGGAACGCAAGAUACACGCAGAUGAUCUGGAUAGACCUUCGUGAUGCGCCUGGUGGUCCGUCCGCACUGAUUGAGGAUGAGAUGAAUUAUUCUAUCAACGUCGUGGCGAUUUCCUGUUACUUAGUCAUGGAAUGGUUUAUGCAAGCCCUACUUCUUUACCGAUGUUUUGUAAUAUGGAAUUGGGCAAGAUACGUGAUGGUCCCGAUGAUCAUUCUCUACAUUGCCAUGAUUGCAAUGGCUAUUCUUGUCUUGAUCGACUCGAGCGCUGGUGCCAUAUUCUACGAUAUUAAUACCGAACUGGCCUACCUUUCCCUCGAGGUUGGGCUCACUGUCAUCUACUCCGUCCUCGUGACGAGUCGUUUGCUCUCCAUGCGAGGCCUGAUGAAGCAGAUCAUACGAGAAUAUGAUUCUAGCACCUAUGACACCGUCGUCCUCAUGGUCGUCGAGUCCGCUAUGGCAUACAUUGCCUACGCCAUUGUUUUCAUAGUUUCCUUCGGUAUGCAUAGUAAUGUCUCCAAUCUAUGUUUCCUGUCUAUCAGCCAUGUCCAGGGCAUCGCCCAAUUGCUUAUCAUCAUCCGUGUAGCAAGGGGGCGGGCAAUUACUUCGGAGCAAACACGAGCUAUUGCAGCACAUACGACUAUGGCAUUCUCAGCGACUGUAUCUGACGAAAUGGAGGGAAUCAAUAUUGAGCCAACAGCAGGGUCUGAAGAGGGCAGUGUCGAGUUGUAUUCCGGUCUGGAGAAGGCGGCUGAAACAAAAGAGGAAACAGCAUGAAGAUGACGCGAGGUUGUAUUCAUACUUGUUAUGCUUAUAAGCAUACAGAUGGUUGAACUGUUCUUGUUUGCACCAGGCCGGCAGAGGUUUUCGAAGUAGGGACGGAAAUGUAUGAGUACUUCAUAGUAUGGAUAAGUUGCACUUGGAUACGGUCAGGGCUGGUGACUGUCUCACUUACCCAUCGCUACAUGACAAUAAAACACAUAAGCGCUCCCUGGAAAACUUUUUGUUGGAUGAAUUGACGUUACAGCACUAAUCGCCUCCGAGUCAUACCUGCGCUAGUUGUCCUUCAAGCUUC